GUUCCAAUAUAUGGGUUUUUGUUAUUUUUGUGUUUAUGCUGAUGGGUCUUCUUCUUUUAGGCUAUUGGGUCGGUUUUUUGUUGGGUUUUGAUUUAGUGAAAGUAGAGGUUUUAGCUUUGUGUUCUUGGGUUAUGGGAGGUUUUUUUUUUUUUGGAUUGUUUUGGUUAGUGGGUUUCUUUGCUCUUUGGUUUUUGUUGACAUUUUAAAGGUUGGUGCUUAUGGAUAUGUAUUAUUGUGUGAAUUUGUAUUUGGGGCAAGAAAUGAGAUGGAAUUGACUAGAGUUUUGAAGGAAAAUUGAUGGAAGAAGUUUGUUUUUUUCUAAAAGGAUUUGAAGCUGGGAUUUUGUUUGAAUGAUUGGAUUUGGUUAAGGAAACAGAACUUUUAUGUAGUGGAGAAUUUAAUAAUGUGGAAGUCAAUUAUGGAAUGAUGGAAAUAGGAUUUAGGGGUUUUUAAGUUUGGCUAAGUUAGGAACUUUUUUAUGCGGGUGAUGAGGUUUUAACUCAAUGGAACAGUACUGGUGAGGGCAUUUAGGUCGCAGUUCAGGUUAUGAAGUCUGUAACCUUCUUAAACUGGAUACCACCCUUUCCUUUGGAUAUGAACUUAGAGUUUGCGGGAUGUUGUGCUGCAAUAAAGUAAGUCUAUGGCAUAUGAUGUUGGUACAUAUGUGCUUUGCAGGGUUAAGUCUUUAUUUCUUACUGGAAAACUUGGGCAGCGAAUAAAGCUACCUGGAAAUAUUAUAUGUGGUGAUAUCCAUGGGCAGUUUUAUGAUAUGAAAGAGCUUUUUAAAGUAGGGGGUGAUUGCCCAAAGACAAAUUAUCUGUUUCUUGGAGAUUUUGUUGACAGAGGGUUUUACUCUGUGGAGACCUUUCUACUUCUAUUGGCCUUGAAGGUGAGAUAUCCGGAUCGCAUAACACUCAUUAGAGGGAACCACGAAAGUCGUCAGAUCACACAGGUAUAUGGAUUCUAUGACGAAUGCCUGCGUAAAUAUGGCUCUGUGAAUGUUUGGAGAUAUUGCACUGACAUAUUUGAUUACUUAAGUCUUUCAGCCCUUAUUGAGAACAAAAUUUUUAGCGUCCAUGGUGGUCUCUCUCCUGCAAUUUCAACUUUGGAUCAGAUUCGAACAAUUGAUCGGAAGCAAGAAGUACCUCAUGAUGGUGCCAUGUGUGACCUGUUGUGGUCGGACCCUGAGGAUAUUGUUGAUGGUUGGGGUUUGAGUCCCCGAGGUGCUGGUUUCCUGUUUGGUGGCAGUGUUGUCACUUCGUUCAACCACACAAACAACAUUGACUAUAUAUGCCGUGCUCAUCAGUUGGUUAUGGAAGGAUACAAGUGGAUGUUUAAUAACCAGAUAGUUACAGUCUGGUCAGCUCCCAAUUACUGUUACAGAUGUGGUAAUGUUGCUGCAAUUCUUGAGCUGGAUGAGAAUCUUAACAAACAAUUUCGCGUGUUCGAUGCAGCACCUCAGGAAUCAAGAGGAGCUCCAGCCAAAAAGCCUGCACCAGAUUACUUUCUAUGAAUGAGAUGUGAAGUGUUACCUUUUUUAGUCCAUUACACUUGAAUUGAUCAAUGGGAGGAUUUGCAGUCACUUGGCUCAUAUGAUCUCCUACAAAAGCAGAAGCAUCAAUGGAUAGCCUGCUCAAUGAUUAGCGAGAAUUAUACUUUCAAUUUGUGAUGAGAUUACAUUAUUGGGCAUGCCGUUGUUGUUUUGCUCCUACCUUGAUCAAUAUGUGCUUGUAAUAGUAGUGUGUAUUGAGUAGCAUGUUCUGUGCUGGUGAA